ACUACACAUACGCACGCAUCCAUUGAAACACCUCCAUCUCCCAAUCUCACCAAAUCCAACGGAGUUCGCUUUGGAUUGCGGAAUUUAAGCAUCCAAGCCCCCCAUCAAUUCGAUUAAUUUCAAUAGAACGAAACAUCUGAGAGAAAAAACAGAAAGAUUCAAUCUUUCUCUCUCUCAACCCUUUGAUGGCGGGGCUGGAGUCCUCGAGCGCAGGGAUCGACGUCGACCCUCCAAAUAUUGAAGACUAUCUCACAUCCGAUGCCCUCCAUCAACCUCAUAAGAAGCUUCAAUUGAAGGAUUUACUCGAUAUUUCUCCUACACUAACUGAGGCUGCAGGAGCAAUUGUUGAUGACUCAUUUACACGAUGUUUCAAGUCAAAUCCUCCCGAACCCUGGAAUUGGAAUGUCUACCUAUUUCCCUUGUGGUGCUUGGGAGUGGUUGUUCGAUAUGGGAUCCUUUUUCCCUUGAGAGUUAUGACUCUGGCAGCUGGAUGGAUUGUGUUCUUUUCAGCCUUUCUUCCUGUUCAUUAUCUAAUGAAAGGGCAGAACAAAUGGAAAAAUAAUAUAGAGAGAAAAUUGGUGGAGAUGAUAUGUAGUGUUUUUGUUGCUUCUUGGACUGGUGUUGUCAGGUAUCACGGACCUCGUCCUAGCAUGCGCCCUCAACAGGUAUUUGUGGCGAAUCAUACUUCGAUGAUUGAUUUCAUCAUUUUAGAGCAGAUGGCUGCAUUUGCUGUAAUCAUGCAGAAGCAUCCUGGAUGGGUUGGUUUCCUUCAGACGACAAUUUUGGAAAGCAUAGGUUCUAUUUGGUUCAAUCGUACCGAGGCCAAGGAUCGCGAAGUUGUAGCAAGAAAGUUAAGAGAACAUACUGAAGGGGACAACAAUCCUUUACUAAUAUUUCCGGAAGGAACUUGUGUGAACAAUGACUACACUGUUAUGUUCAAAAAGGGCGCAUUUGAACUGGGAUGUGCUGUUUGUCCUGUAGCCAUCAAGUACAAUAAAAUUUUCGUGGACGCCUUCUGGAACAGCAAGAAGCAAUCUUUUACGAUGCAUCUGAUGCGCCUUAUGACAUCAUGGGCUGUGGUAUGUGAUGUUUGGUAUCUUGAACCACAGUAUCUGAAACCGGGAGAGACUUCUAUUGAAUUCGCUGAAAGGGUCAGGGAUAUGAUUUCGGUCCGAGCUGGUCUCAGAAAGGUCCCGUGGGAUGGAUAUUUGAAGUACUUCCGCCCAAGUCCUAAGCUUACAGAGCGCAAGCAGCAAAUAUUUGCGGAAUCAGUCCUACGGCGGCUGGAAGAAAAGUGAAGUAAUUUCAGUGAACUGUAACCUUGAAGAGAACUGUUAGUUCUUUUAUGAAUUUGCCCUCUCACUUUGUUCUCUCUCUUUUCUGCCACUUUUUAUUAUAAUAUAAACAGGAAAAUAUGAUUGUGCAAAAUGAUCAGAGUGAUGUAUGCUCUUAACAAAUUUCUCUCUCUCAACCAAAGUGAUUCUAUCGAUGUAGAAUGCUAUUUUUUUCUUCA